UCAGCAUGUUUAUUACCUUAUCUCUUCGAGUAGAACUUUAAUCCUCAUAUAAAGAUGUUUUUCAUAGGUGGAUACCAUACCACUAGCACCAUGACCUUCAAGAUUUACUGUUUAAAGGCCAUUCAUACCAAGGUUAUAUGUCGAAAAAUGAUGGAUAGUAAAUCAGCUGGUUUCCAAUUGCCAGAUAUUUGGAAUGAUGAUGAUGCUAUGUAUUCACUUAUGCAACCUAUAAGGCGGUCAAAAGCUAUUGAUCCAGUCAAUUACAAUGCCAAAAUCACAUUUUGGAAGAGGAUAUUGCUAUCUUAUGCAAGGAAUCACAAGGCAUUCGUUAUAUGUAAACAAUCACUUCAAAAGCUAUUUACUCGACACUUCCCUGUUGAAGGCGUGGAUUUGUAUCCCCAGUCACUUGGAGAUGUUAUUUCGGAUUUGGUAUCAGAAGGUUUACUCGAACCAGUAACACCAAAUAGGAGUAUCUUAGGCAAUGUGUUUACGGCUUUCUCUUAUGUGGUAAACAAGCCAAUUUCAUGGGCAUACAACUAUUUAAAUGGUCAACCGUCUUCUAAUCCACUGGAUACUGACUCAGUGAAUCAGCAGUUUGUGUUCAGUCAGUUCGCUGAAAACUCUGCAGUCGAAUUUUUGUCUUGGUUUCAUGAAAAUUACUGUGAUCAGAGGUUAUUACCACAUUCACCUGUGUAUGACUUGGAGCUUUUUAACUCAGCCUUGUCAAACUUUUACUCUCAUGUGGCCACUCGUGAAUAUAUAUUUGAUUUACUGAAUAAUAUCAAACGCUGUGUUUCUGUGGAAACCUCGUCUACUUCAGAUUCCAAACCUAUUCAAAUUAUUCGCGUUGGAGAAAAUAUUAAUAGCCGACCGAGUAAACCGGCUAAUUCAGACGCUGCAAAGAUAGAAUCGUCUGCAUUGAGUGGAAUUGUGCAGCUCAAAUCUGCAAUUAAGCAACUUGAAAAUGAGGAAAAAAGAUUGGAGACUGUCAUAGAACAGCGUCGAAACCAUAUCAAAUCCUUAUUAUUAGAUAAAAAGAAUUCAGAAGCGAAAUCUCUACUACGGCGUACAAAAGUGUUGGAAAAAUCGUUAGAACAAAAGCAAUUACAACUUAAUAAUCUGGAAACAAUGUUAAUUGACAUAGAAUCUGCAACAGAAAAUCGAAAUAUUGUACUCGUACUAAAUAGUGUUAAUGAAGCUCUCAAACAAGCUGUAGGAGGAUCUAACGCUUUGAGUAAAGCGGAAGAUGUGGUGAAUGAUGUGAUGGAUAGAAUUCAAGAAAGUCAAGAGAUCUCAGAUGUUGUUUCCAGUUUUGGACGUACCUCUACUGGACUAGAAGAUAUGAGCGAUCUGGAACAAGAGCUUGACAACUUCCUUGCUGGAGAAAAGAAAGCAUCACCUCCGAGAAAAACACAACCUAGCUAUGAUGAUUUGGAAGCUGAAAUCGCUGCUCUUACAUUAGUAACAGAUGACGUAGUAUCAUUAGCUGAUCAAAAUCCAUUGUCUUCGAAGCAAAAGCCUGUCCUAACUGAUAAGUGAAAAGUGUACGCAAAUGACUAAUGUUUCCCUUCCAUGCUAUUUCAGCGUGUUUUAUAUACACUCCUGAGCUUUCAUUUUCGAAUUUCAGCAUAAACAUGGGAAUAAUAUGCGGAAUCUUCAUACUGAUUCAGAACUAUAUCAUACUUGUACUUAACCGAAUAUUUUCCACAUUAUCUUUCUUUUGUCUUUUUAAAUUAUAACAUUUUACAAUAAAAUAAUUUGUUUUACUUCAGCAACUGUCAAAAUCAUGUUAAACUAUAAUUGUAUUCAUUGAUCUACAAUGUCUCUUUUGUGACAGCACAACAAACAUCAGAAACAGUGAACUGAUAACGCUCAUUUAUCUGCGUGUAGCUGCUCAAUUAAUUAUGCUACGGACGCACCAACACUGGCAUUGUUAAGUAUAGAAUUUCUAUUGGACUGUUCAAUUAGAUGAUGUUAUCCUGGGAAACUAUGCGUCUCUGUUUGGAGUACAAUUCUGAUUUUGGAUGCAGACUACUGGGGAAACCAAAAUUUCUGGUUCUCCUUGUUUUCCAGUGAUCUCGUAUCUGAAAUCUGUGUAUGAAGUCAACUAUCUUGAAAUUAAACUAUAUUAGUUACAGGUUGGAACAGGUUGUCCGCUUGAUAAAUUUAAGUGAUAUAUUGAAAUGACGAAACUAUCUUUUGGUUUAGAAAAUUUCAAACAUCUAGACCAUAUAUUAACUUGUUUGGAUAUUUAUAUACGUUUUUGCUACAAAUCAGAUAAUCUGGAUUGACGAAGUUGCUUUUUUUCAUUUCUAAACUCCAUUAGUGCUGUCGACAAUGUUAAUUCAUAAUAUUUAUACUACUGAUAAGUAGGCAAAAUAUAUUCAAUUCUACUCGAAGCAAAUUUACUGGAUUUGCAUUGAAAACAAAUUUGCCUUUAUUAAUUUUAAACAACUUGAUGUAGAGUCUGUAUUUCUCUUGUAUUAACUCCUUUUAACCAA